GCUAGUUACCCCAAAGGCGGGAAACAAAGCCCUAGAAGAAAAAGAGGCAAAAUUCAAACAUAGUCCGAUCACAGAGGGGAAAAGAGAUAUGAAAUCCGAAGCUAAGAGGAAUUUUGAUUUCGAUCUCGAAGAAGACAACGAUGAAGAUUUCCUUUCAGCGGUGGCCGCAGCUGAAGCUGUUGCCCUAGCUAGUAAACGCAGGAAAAUCCCCAAUCAUAUCAUCGAUCCCCCCAAAAAUGCUGUCGCGGAGGUUUCGGACAAAAUUCCCCUCAAUGCAGAAGCAGAAGGGAUCUACAUCGCCGCUUUGAAAGGAAACCCUAUUCUCCUCUCUCAAAUUUCUGGUUGGAAAGUCAAUUCUGGCAACAAAGGAUCCAUUUCUGCAAAUACUACUGCUCAAUCGGAAGGUGGUGGUUCGUGUUUCAAAUGCGGGAAAUUAGGGCAUUGGGCUAGAGAUUGUGAUGCUCCUGGAGGUGGAGGAUCUUUCAGCGCUUCUGGAAAUGAUGCUUCUGUUGCGGAGAAAGCAUGCCCCUGCGGAUUGGGAGUCUGUUCAAUACUAACUGCGAAUACAGAGAGGAAUCGCGGUCGAAAAUUCUACAAAUGUCCCGUCCGGCAGGAAAAUGGUGGCUGCGGAUUCUUUGAGUGGUGUGACAGUGUCCCUGUAAUGAUGAAUUAUGGAAGCCAAAAUCGUGCAUCAAGCUCAUCAUUUUCAGAUAUUCAGUGCCCCUGUGGUGCUGGUUCUUGCAUAAUUCUGACAGCCAAAACAGGGGAAAAUGUUGGGCAGCAAUUCUAUCGUUGUCCGUCAUACCAGGCGACCUGCGGGUUUUUCCAGUGGUGCAAGGAGCCUUCCAUGGCAACCAAGAAUCAAGUGAGUGCUUCUAAGGUCUACAGUAACACAAGCGACGCGAGCAAAAGCGUUGCUGUGACUGUGAGAACUGGUUCUUCCAGUUCCUGUUAUAAAUGUGGGGGUGAAGGGCAUUGGGCUAGAGACUGCUCACAAUCGCUCGCAUCACCAAAUCCUCCUGAGUUUGGCAGAAGUCAAUCUUCUUCACUGGGAACCUGUUUCAAAUGUGGUAAGCCUGGUCAUUGGGCAAGGGACUGCGCUAAUCGUUAAUAAUAGGUACUGACCCUCUGGCUGCUUCUGCAAUAGGCUGUUUCAAGGUUCUUAUCAGUUGUUUAAUCUUGUAAAUUCUCCAGGAUAAGUCAUCUGACAUUUCUGCUUAUUUGGUGAUCUCCUUUUUUGAAGUUCACAUUUACUCACAUUUGAGUGGAUGAUGUGGAUAUGGGUUAUAGCUAAGAAUUGGGAUUUUCUUCAA